UGCAUAUGGUUGGGCUGGGUACCCCUCCACCCCAACCCCCUUUACUUCCUGAGACACCAGAGCCCUGAAGCAGAAGUUGACUAUUAACCGUUGAUUCUGCCCCGGGCGACAAAUCACCAAAGACAUUUUUGACGUUUUUCAAUUUAUAUAUUUAUCUUUAAGGUCAAUAAUGUGAAGAUUAGACUGAAAUACAGAUUGAAUCCAGCUGAAAAUAGUGUGCACCCACUUUAUCAGCCAUCAACAGCAUAUUACCCAAAUACUCCAUCUUUAGCCUUGUGCAUUUUAAAUGUACUGUAUAUAGUCUUUGCACUGUUUAAUAUCAGAGGUUGGUAGUUUAGAGGGGACACCAGGAGAUGGCACUGUGAUAUCUACUUUGGUAUUUCUCCAACUUCAGUUUCUUUGGAAAAUACAGUGUGUGAGAGUGACAGCCUUUUUGACUGAUAACCAAUCAUAUGCAAAACGUUCUUGUGUCUGCUGAACUCUUAUCAGCGGAGGAGUUCCCUGUGUUCAGCCUGUGAUCUUAGCUGGAGGUCAAUCGAGGGUCCUGGUGAUGGAUGGGGAUGUUCGGGGUAGUUUGAAUUUGAAUGUAACUAAAUCUGGAGCUGGAGAAGAUUUGUGAUACUUUGCAGAGUGAGGUCUUACAAGAUGUGUUUUUUUUUGUGCAUAUUUCCCACUGCGACUAUUUUCCAACCAUGAAAUAUACACUAUAUGAAUCAGACAACUAUAUAUUUACCGUUCUCGCACUGUAAUUGCAUAAGGUCAUGUGUGGAUUCUGUUGAGGCUCCUUCAAUGCAGCAGGGAGUGAAUUUAACAAGGGACACUCAACAUUUCCCCAACAGUGCUGGAGGCAAUUGGCAGCUGAGUGUUAUUUACCCUGCUGGAUGGCUUCUUUCACUGAGUCGCUCAAACACACACAUCAGCGCUCAAUGUGCUGUGAGAAGAUUGAGAACACACCCCAACCGAGCGGCUCUCCAUCUGUGAGAUAAGAUGAGUAUGCCCUGAUGCUAGAGUUGAAGACAGGAUUUCUUGCUUCGUGGCAUUUUUCAACAUUGUAGUUUACCACAACAUAAGACACAUUUAGCAUCUUGAAAAAAAGCAACACCUAGGGCUUUAGAAUUUUAUCCUAUCAAGAACCUCAUUUAUCUCUGUCUGUUUUUCAGCCUCCAACAUUUUGUUUGUCAAAUUACCAAGUUUAAUAAUUGUCCAAAUUCUGUUAAAGUCUACUUGUUUCCAUUGCUAAGCAACAGCAACAUUUUACAAAUGACCCAAAGCUUCGUCAUUACAAUGCCUGCAAAACAGAAUAGUUCCUUUUAAUUAUCCUGUUUUUUUACACACAUUCAAAUUUCACACACACUUUUUGUUUUUUCUGCUUUGCAUUAUAGGCAGCAGUAAAAAGCUGUAUGGGUCUCUUCUAUAACCACAUUUGUUUUGUACUUUAUCCCUAUCACACACCGCCCUUACUCAACUUGCUCCAGUCUUCUUCUUUUUUGCAGUCCUCUGUCAGUGCUGUGCCAACUCCUCCAGCUUUACAAAUAUGAUAAGAGCAAAGCUGCAGGAACUCUCCCAGCACUUUGGUAAUGGUUAACCAGAUAAUUCAUUAAGGGGUGGGAAUAGAAAACAGUCAGAAGUUAUUCUGACUUCUUCUCUGUGCUUUGCCCGCCUUCCAUGAGUUUGAAUUCAUUCAUAGUGGGACUAACAAUGGAGAAGACGUUGCAGCAGGAGAAACAAGAGACAGAAUAUAAAAAUCCAAAUGACGACCAAGGUGGAAUCCACCGCCGAUUGCGGGACAGGGAUCUGCUCAGAAAGAGGAAGGCCGAGACUGAAGAGAAGGACCAGUGGGUUUUGGGAGAGGAGAGGCAGAGGAAAAGAUCGAGGGCUGAUGAGAAGAGCGGCACAAAAAGGAGAGGGAGGCCCAAGAAGAGUGAGUCCACGCUGGAGAUACCUGUCAGUCAGGACGAGGUUGUGCCUGGAUCUGUGGGGGUUGUCUCAGAGCAAACAUCAGGCUCUCUGACCCCCUCGCUCACUGCAGGCAGUGACAAACCAGAGUCACAACCUGUCCCUGCCGCCUCUUCCUCCAUCCCAGUCCUGGAGCCUGUCCUGACCUCUCUCUAUGCUCCUCUUCUGACUUCUCCAGCACCAGUUAACCAAAGUCCAGCUCUUCUUUCUCUCUCAGUUCCUGCCCCUCUUCCCACCAGUGUUGUAGAUGCAGCUUUGGUCCUUCUGCAAGCUCCAGAUGCUGUUCCAGUCCCAGCUCUGUCUCGAGUCCCUGUUCCAGUUCCAGCUCCUCCCCAGGUAGAGACCCUCUGCACAGAGUCACAAGACAGAGACCCCUUUGACCAGGUCCUGAUUGAAGACUUGGGCCCAGAUGAGGAGGAAGACCUCUCCCUUUUGCAAGACAAAACAGCUGAUGAAGAUUUGACUGAGCCACCGUCGAUCAACAUACCUGAACAAGACAAAAUCUUCUCCAUUCCAACUUUGUCUUCUCAACCUCCACCAGAAUAUCUCCCAGGAAAUUAUUCUAAUUUGUAAAAAGAUACUUUUGUCUCAGUUCAGGACAAGCAAAGAUUACUUCCCUCCUUGUCAGUGUGUACCUGAGUAUUGUUUUGGUUGGUGUGCAGCCUGAAGAGAACAAACAUGCUGAGCAUUAGCAUUGCUUAUUUAAAAAAAAAAAAAAGUAUAAAUUUAAACCAAACCUGUAUGCUUAUUUAUUCUUGGUUUGUGCUUUGCAUUAAGUCAACAGCAACAUUUACCUGAUUUUAUUUUAAAAGUAACUAGUCUGAAUUACUGGUAAUUCUUUGGUAAUUGUAGUUUUAUUUGAUUGAAUUUGGUAAAUGUUCUUUUUUUUACCAAAUAAAAUACACUGCUUACAUAAUCGUAUUGUUGUCAGUAUUAUCUGUAAAUAAGACAAAUAUGUAUCAAUUGUCAAUUGAUUUUUUACUCUUCUGUGAUUGUGCCACUUUGCCUUCCUUUAGCAAAUAUUAAAGCUUGUGAACGCG